AUGGAGAAAGAUAAAGAUAAUAUUCUCAUCAGAAAGCUUAGCGUCCCGCCCACAAUUUUGGGCCCCUCUCCCAGCAAAGAAAUCAUCGUAGUCCACGAGGGGGCCAACUUAACGAUCGCAUGCAACGCCACCGGAAGUCCACAGCCGGAAAUCACGUGGUCGCGAGUCCCGCCCACAAUUUUGGGCCCCUCUCCCAGCAAAGAAAUCAUCGUAGUCCACGAGGGGGCCAACUUAACGAUCGCAUGCAACGCCACCGGAAGUCCACAGCCGGAAAUCACGUGGUCGCGUAGGUCCCUACUACUACCAGAAGUUAAUAAUGAUGACGUCAUAGGUGGAGGGUUGGCGGCGGAUCAGGAGGAGGAAGAGAGGUGCGCGGGUCUGGGUGAGUUUGGAUUCCUCGGCCAUUUGUUUCUAACUGUUACUUAA